GAGAAAAAGAGAGAUGGCCCUAUUGCAAGUUAAGCCCAGUUUGAGCACUGCAAUUACCACAACUAGAAGUGUCUUUGAAACAGGAAAGUAUGAAGUGAAGCCCAUAAGUGUAGAUAGUGGGGAUUUAUCAAUUGCUUCUCCUCCUCCUCCCAAGUCAUUGUUAGUAUUCACACCACUGAAAGAAGGCACUUACCCUGUUCUCCUCUUUCUUCAUGGCUUUGCUCUCUAUAAUUCCUUUUACUCAAAGCUUCUCACACAUAUAGCUUCCCAUGGAUAUAUAUCUAUCGCUCCCCAGCUAUACAAUCCCCUGUUACCGACUGCUUCGGGCUGUGACGAGAUAAACUAUGCGGCUGAGGUCACAAACUGGUUUUCCAAAGGCCUUCAAUCGUUGCUUCCUGAAAAUAUUACUGCAGAUCUCACCAAGCUUGCACUUACAGGCCAUAGCAGAGGUGGCAAAGCAGCUUUCGCCCUCGCAUUAGGAACUUAUGCUAAGACAUCACUUAGCUUUUCUGUGUUAAUAGGAAUAGACCCAGUUGCAGGAAAAAGUAAAGAUAAUCAAGUGGAACCAAAAAUCCUUACCUACAAAGAAGAAUCUCUCAAUCUUGGAAUCCCAGUAAUGGUGGUGGGAACAGGGUUGGGAGAUAAAAAGAAGAAUGUCUUGUUCUGUGCUUGUGCUCCUAAGGAAGUGAAUCAUGAGGAGUUCUUCAAGGAAUGUAAACCCACUAAGGGUCAUAUGGUGGCUACUAAUUAUGGUCAUAUGGAUAUGUUAAAUGAUGAUCCAUCAGGCAUUAUUGGAUGGUUUUCAGAGAUUAGCUGCAAGAAUGGAAGUGGUUCCAGAGAGCUAAUGAGAAAAUGUGUUGGUGGGAUUGUUGUUGCAACCUUAAAAGCUUAUUUGGGGAGUGACACUACAGAUCUUAAGGCCAUUGUUGAUGAUCCAACCAUUGCUCCUAUAACACUUGAUUCAGUUGUGUUAGAUGAAGCAUGAUAGUCUUUC